AUGGCGGCUUCCGUAGUGAGAGGUGCUUCUGCUCUACGUACGAGCAUUCGCCGACCCAUUGCUUUUGUCAGGAAAAUUCCUUGGACUGCGGCCUCGACUGAGCUGAGAGAACACUUUGCACAGUUUGGUCACGUACGAAGGUGCACUUUGCCUUUUAACAAAGCGACUGGCUUUCACAGAGGUAUGGGUUGGAUUAUGUUUUCUUCAGAAGAAGAACUUCAGAAUGCACUACAACAAGAAAACCAUGUUAUUGAUGGAGUCAAGCUCCAGGUUCAAGCUCAAAGGCCAAGAAUUUUGCAAGGGGAUCAUGAAUCUGAUGAAGAGAAAGAGUUUUGA